CAAGAGCUUAAAAGGAAGCAGUCUGUUGACUGAGUUUAAAUUGUUUUUGUGUUGGAACGUGCAACAUGUCCGGAGACCGUUGGAGCUUAGCUGUGUUUUACAUUGCUGUACUGUUCACAUAUGUUACUGGACCUAAGUUUGUACAGGCGGAUUGUCCAGUGUCACGUUGUCAAUGGUUUCCUUGGAAGUCGUGGUCGGAUUGUUCUAGAACUUGUGGAGGUGGCACACGAUCAAGAAGUCGUUUGUUUUGUUGCAAAUCUAAUUUGGCAAGUGACAUAGCCGCAUGUUUAAGUGACUGUGGUAGGGAUCCAAACGACCGGUCGGGGUUUCAUGACUAUGGUAAAUGCAACACUUGGUGCUAUAAUGGCGGAACGGUUUCAACAAAUGGGUGUAAUUGUCCAGAUCUAUAUUAUGGCUACUGUUGCGACACAGUAUGUCCAUCAAUCGCCGAGUGUAAAUACCGAAGCUGCACAUCAUCCUACAAUGUAUACUGCAAGGAGUGUAACGACAACAAUGUAUUCUUCAAGCGAUACAACGGCGACAAAGAAUGCCAGCGGAUGUGUUCCUGGAACAACCACUAUUGUUGGCCAGGGAGCUGCAGAAAUGGUCUCACCAAGGACUGCUCGUGCGCAGCGGGGUUUACCAGUGUUUCAAAUUAUGUGGAAACGUCGUGUCAACCAAUUCAGAAACCAUCCAUCUUAACAUGUGACACUGUGGCGAUUGGACCAAAUGGUGAAAAGAAGACAGCAAUGUCAUCGAGCAAUUCAACCGAGUGUCAGUAUUUGCAAGAUAUAUAUGGAAAUUAUCAGCCGACAAUUAUGCAGUAUGAUUUGAGCACUGAAUACAUAAUUGACAUUUCCAGCUAUUCGCGCCCUUCAUAUAUUGUUGAACAAAACUUCGGAAUAACGGACGCAACAGUAUAUAUGCAACGCCAAUCCGUAUCAGGUUCGCUCACUACUUUACCAACAAACAGACGACUUACAGAUGUAAAUUCGAGCCAGUCUGUUAGGAGCGCACAUUAUGAUUCACAAAAUUUUACGACUACGUACACACUCGCAAAUGGCCAGGCGUUGUGUUUGGAAUACGAAGUGAAAGGUGGCGGUUACUUGAAAGCCAAAGAUACAAGAACCCAAACUGUUCAAAGCGCUAAACCUUACCACAAAACUGUAAAACACCGAACAGUCUGCUAUCGCUAUGACAGCCAACCACCUGAACACUGUUCACAAUUAUCAACAUGUGGCUCUGAUCCUCUCCAUCUGAGCAAACGGAUCACGCGGUCAUAUUUCCACAACGUCGAGUUUGACGGUUGGUUGGAUCCUGUUCCUCCAGGGGGAGCCUCACACACCGCUUCAUCUAUUGAGAGCUACGAAAUUCGGGUAAAUGAAGUUUUGUCCUCGGAAGGGACGCUAAAGGUAGAUUACGCAAAUAACGUUUUGAGUACAAUGGUUAACCACACAGUCACAAACAUGGAUCUAAAUCUUACUUCAGACACACCAAGGCUCUAUUGUUUAACACUUGAGGUGAAGGAUGUGGCAGGCAAUGUUCGACAGUCACGCCGCUUUGUUCUAUACGAUAACACUUCGUCCAUUCAAAUCUGGACUGAAAAGCCUUUCAGAUUUACAUCAUCGUCACCUGCUACAGAUUACACAUGGCAAACCCAUCACAGCGAUGUCUGUAUAAGCUGGAAAGAUUAUUUUUACAACGAUUUCUACAUUCAAAAUGAACUUCUGAAUCCUAUUGAGCCCGAUCCGGACGAUCUCAUUAGCCACUCAUUCGAGCAAACAACUGGGGAGAUACCUGUUUCUGGAACAUCGAAUGUGUAUGGUAUUAUUGCAUACCAUAUAUCGUGGAGCCUGAAUCACGGUACAUUUUCUGUAGAACAACCUGUCCCUUCAUUCAAAAAUCAAUCAUUUUGCAAGGAUUUGAAUGUUACUGAUGGAGAUACUUACACACUGAACAUAAAGGCUAUUGAUAUAGCUGGAAAUACCCUUAGCGAUAACCGAACUAUAUUUAUUGAUGGCUCUGCACCACACCUCCACGACCUAUGGCUUAUUGAAGACACUAUAAGAUACGAUAUGCUGUAUGUACAUAAAAGCACGGACUUGUCCAAAAUGAAGAUGACGUUUGCCGCACUUGAUCCACAUAGUGGGAUAUCUAAAAUACAUUGGACGUUUGGAAUAGCCGACACAAUGACCGAGCUUCUAAGUGAGCACCAUGCUGUUAUGACCAUAAAUGAUUCAUGCUCAUCAGAAGAAUGCUACUGCCCAGAUAUUGGUUCCUGUGCAUACAUUAACUACACAAUACCACUCGACAAAUUAAAUGUUAAGAAUACGCAUAAUGGCACUCACAACGGAACCUAUUAUUUUACUGUAAAAGUAACAAACAUGGCUGGGCUUUCAACAACGGAACAAAUAGACGUGCUUGUUGAUGAAUGGCCUUCUUCAGAUGGUGAUGUUUACGAAGGUAAGUUGAACACAAUUCAUAUAAUAAAGACACUGCUUGAAUUUCUCAUUAUACAAACUACAACUAUACCAAUUAUGCCUUUGACGUAUUAUUACGGCCUUGAAGUCGAUCGUGCAGCGCUCGAUUACAAGUCAUAUACGUUUCAUAUGAAGGGGACUACUUCAUUUCUUUGCCGGAGUUUCGGGGAAUCACUAAACUAUGAAGGGGAACCAAAACAGCUUAUCAUUCAUUGCUCAUAUUAG